CGAAGGUUGUUAAAGGAAAACAAAAAAAUUAAAUCAAGGACUUAUUUCAGCCUGACUCCACACCGGCAGCACCCUCAGAUGCCCCCCGCCCCCCUCCCUACACACAUUUAGCCCUCUGUCUGUAAGCAGGUUUUAACCAGGGGGAAAAAACGCGCAAGUCACGCCGGACUUUUGUCUCACCGAGGAGGGCUGUGUGAGCGUGGAUCGCCUCCGCAGUCUCGGAUGCGUAGUACACGGGGAGUGGGUUGGGUCGCCUAGGCGCCUGGCACGCACACAUCGUCAGCGAGAAAAAAGAAAAGAAAAAGGCAAGAUAGGACCAGCGGUUAACCACACUGUCAAAACCUAACCAAGACGCCCCCUCCUCAUCUGAAGGGAAUAUAACAAGUGAAUCUGCGGGGCAACACACAAUGGCAACCGGUGCGCUCCUUCUUGCCUGUGCGCUGCUUGCCGGUGUUGCCGUGGCUCAGAGAGUCGUUAUUGUGCAGAGUGGACCCCUGGUACGGACUGAGGGCUCUCAUGUGACCAUCCUGUGCAACGUGACGGGCUACAAAGAAGGACUGCAACAGGAUUUUGAGUGGUCCAUGUACCUGCCAUCAGUCCCGGACAGGGAGAUCCGCAUCGUGAGCACAGCUGAGUCAAACUAUGCCUACGCCGUGUACGCACAGAGGGUCACUAGUAAGGAGAUCUACGUGGAGAGGCUGAGCGGCGACUCAGCGAUGCUCCACAUCACCAAAGUGCAGGCCAAGGACCAGGGUCUGUUUGAGUGUUACACGCCCAACACAGACGGUCAAUACCUGGGGUCCUACAGCGCACGCACCAACCUCACUGUCAUCGCUGACUCGUUGACGGUAAUUGCACCAGCCCAGACUCUGUCCAAGGUGGAGGGCGACACACUACAGCUUGCCUGCGAGGUGUCUCGGACCACGCUGCAGCACACUCACUUAUCCGUGGGUUGGUACCUGCGGUCCCCAGAGGACGCGGCCGCUCCGCCUCAGGAGCUGGUCACCUUGUCAAGGGACUUUGUUCUGCGCUCGGGGGGACCGUACCGGCAGAGGAUAGCGGCAGGGGACCUCAGGCUGGAUAAGACCAGCGCUACGUCCUACAGGCUGACCAUUCACAAGCUUCAGCCGGUGGACCAGGGCCUGCUCUACUGCCAGGCUGCCGAGUGGAUUCAAGACACAGACGAAAGCUGGUUCGCCAUGACCCGCAAGCAGAGCGACAAGACUCAGCUCCGCAUUCAGCCCACUGAUCGGGACUUCAGCAUCCAGGUGAGCACGGAGCGACGGUCCUUCACGGCCGGUGAGCCGCUGGAGCUUCACUGCACCAUUGAGGCCCAGAAUGUCCCAGAGCGCUUCUUCUCGGUGUCGUGGGUCUUCAGCAGCUCAUCGGUGGCCGUGGUGGGCCCCAGUGCCGUGCCUAUCCUGGGCCCAGAUUAUGUCGCCCGCGAGGCAGCCGGACACAUGACCGUGCGCAAAGAGAGCACCAACGUGCACUUGCUCAAGCUGCAGCACCUCCGCCCCGAAGAUGCUGGGAAAUACAUCUGCCGCGUGACUGAGCGAGAGAAGACGCCCACGGGAGACUUCAUCGACCGCAGCAAGAGGUCCCGCAAUGUCCAGAUCACAGUCCAGCCGCUCAAGAGCAACAUCACAGUGUCAUUGGCAAGCAACUCUUCAGAGGUCCUCGAGGGCGAUGUGAUCCAGUUGACCUGCUCCGUCCAAUCCACCACAGGCCCGCUGUCCGUCGCCUGGCAGUGGACGGACAAGCAGGCGACUGGACCGGCCCUGGAGGUGGCCUCCAUCGAUCGGGAUGGCACCGUAUGGCACAGUCCCUCCUACAGAGAGCGCUCCAGCUAUGGGGAGAUACGUGUGGAGAAGGUGCAGUCCGACACCUUCUCCCUGUCCCUGUAUAAUGCCUUACCUGGGGAUGAGGGCCAGUACCACUGCAAUGCAACUGAGUGGCUUCAGACUGGCACUGAACCAGAGAUCAACUGGGAGAAGAUAGGAGAGAAGUCGGCCACCAAGACAGUCACUGUCAAGACUGUUGAGUCCUCCUUCAUGGUGUCGGCCUCAUCCCGGACGCCAUCGGUUACCUUCGGAGACUCCUUCGACCUCCUGUGCCUGGUGAAGCCUCGUCACAACCCUCGCGUCCCCACCUCCGUCACCUGGCGCUUCAUGCCGGCUGGCACAGAAGCUGGCGACGAGGAUCAGGGAGAGUUCAAAGACCUGGUGACUUUCACCCGCGAGGGCACGCUGCAGUGGGGGGAGCAGCUGCUGGGGCUGGGCACCCGCACCACAGUGGACCGCUCCCACUCCAACACCAACUUCCGUUUGUCGGUGACCCGGGCAGGCCGCCGCGAGGCGGGCAAAUACCAGUGCACCGCUGUCCUGUGGAGGAGGAACUACGACAACAGCUGGAGCAAAGUAGCCAACCGCACUUCCAACCUGCUUGGCAUCAGUGUCCUACAGCCAGAGAGCAAGCUGCGAGUGCAAAAGACCAACCAGUCUCAGGUGCACCUGGAGGACAGUCGCGUCAGGAUCAAUUGCUCCAUCAGCUCCCAGACCAGCCAGGACUCCCAGCAUGCUGUGCUGUGGUACGUGAGGCGCGCCACCGGGUCGGAAGCCGACGAGCUCCUGCUGAGGAUUGAACGCUCGGGGACCUUUGAGUACGGCGCCUACGCGGACGAGGAGCGACUGCGGCGCCGGGUGCAGGCCGAGAGGCUGUCGGCCCGUCUCUAUGUGCUGACGUUAAACAGGGCAGAGAACAGCGAUUCUGGGACGUACUACUGCCUGGUGGAAGAGUGGCUGAGUGACCCAGAUGGAGCCUGGUAUCGACUCUCCCGGGAGUCCUCGGGAUUCACGCAGGUUCUGGUCAGACAGCCAGAGAUUCGACUGCAGGUGGAGGAAUUGGAGUCAAACGUCACAGUGGAAGAGUCUGCCUCUAUCCGGCUGGGCUGCAGCAUUCCCUCCCAGUCGUCCCGAGACUCCCGCUUCUCCGUGUCCUGGUAUGUGGAGCGCUCCGAAGAAGAGGAUGAUGAGGAACAGCUAGGCGAGGGAGAGCGAGAUUGUGUGUUCUCCAUCGGCCAUGAUGCCGUGUUUGGAAAUGGAAACUGCAGCCCCAGAGAGGAGCCGGGGCCAAACUCCCGCCUGCAGUUCGAGAGGAUGACCUCAGACCAGUACAGCCUGACCAUUCAAGAAGCACGGCCGACGGACACGGGCCGAUACUACUGCCAUGUAGAGGAGUGGCUACUCAACCCACGCAAUGCAUGGUACCGCCUGGCCACCAACAACUCUGGGUUCACCAUCGUCAAUGUAAUGCAACAAGUGUCCACCCUCCAGUCAGUGGUGUGCUCCAACGACUCCCUCUUCUACUUUGUCUUCUUUUACCCCUUCCCCAUCUUCGGCAUCCUCCUCAUCGCCGUGCUGCUCGUGCGCUUUAAGAGCCGCAACAACAGCAAGAGCCAAGAAGGCAAGAACGGCGCCCCCCUCCUGUGGAUUAAAGAACCUCACCUCAGUUACUCCCCCACCUGUCUGGACCCACCUGCGCUCAGCCUGCACCCGGGCUCCGUCGACUAAGCGUGGGUCUCCCCCCCCUCCCCCUGCUUCGUGCACAUCGAGGGUCCAGGCAACACAAUGUCAGGGAGCAGAUCUGGACUCCACCUUCAGACCUUACUGUCGUUCACUGAUGUGUUGAAUUAGUCAGUUUUUCAAAAUCCCUACCCUGGUGGCUGUCUGUUUUUAGGUUAAUAACUGUGUGUG